GGAGUCCCAGUACGGCCUCAUGCAGCAUUCUCCUUCGGAGAUCAAGGAGAAGUUACUGAGGGCACUGGAUAAGGAAUACAAUGUUAUUAAUUAUGGCGCUGUGGAAGAAGUUAUUGGACUGCUGGAAAACACUCCAGUUACAAAGGAGGUGCUUGAGACUACACGGCUGGGACGAUACAUCAAUGAACUACGAAAGAAGACAACCGACGAAAUGCUUGCAAAACGUGCCAAAGGUCUGGUUCGUCAGUGGCGUCACAUGAUCAUGCCGGAGCGACAAAGUCCCGCACAUAGAGUGAACGGUGCGAGUGUUGGUGCAAGUGCGUGUGCCAGUGCAGGAGCAAGUCCAGUACAAAGUGGACCCACACCUGGACACGGAGCUAGCCCGGGACCCCAUUCACCAGCAGGCUCUCCCGGUCGACCUCCACACCAUGCAGACUCUGUACCGAGGACCAUUGCCGCCAACAAGCGGCUCCGAAAAGAUGACUCGGACGAAGGUCAGCCUCCAGCUAAAGUCGCACGACAAGUGAAUGGCGGGCUUGAAACAGACAAUCCUAUAGAAAGUGUCCCUGCCGUUAAAGGCUCGGCGACGACUGGUAGGCGUCGCCGUGCUCACCGUUCAACUAACUGUCAUAAUGACGACAUAGUCAAAAAGAAAUUGGCUUCGGCAGCUCGAGCACUGCGUGUGAAGACUACUCAGGAACUGCUGGCCGGUCUGAGUUCUUGCACCAGCAGUGGAUCGUACACGCCUUCGAGUACGACUCCGGAGCCAAAACCGGUAUCUCCCGCAUUGCACGCACGGGCUUCUCCGGCAAUACGGCAGCCCUCGUCUCCGGCUUCGAGGCAGCCCGUGUCUCCUGCGGUGAGACAGCCCGUCUCUCCUGCGGUGAGGCAGCCCGUGUCUCCGGCGGUGAGGCAGCCCGUUUCUCCGGCGGUGAGGCAGCCCGUUUCUCCGGCGGUGAGGCAGCCCGUUUCUCCGGCGGUGAGGCAGCCCGUUUCUCCGGCGGUGAGGCAGCCCGUGUCUCCGGCGGUGAGGCAGCCCGUGUCUCCGGCGGUGAGGCAGCCCGUGUCUCCGGCGGUGAGGCAGCCCGUGUCUCCGGCGGUGAGGCAGCCCGUGUCUCCGGCGGUGAGGCAGCCCGUGUCACCGGCGGUGAGGCAGCCCGUGUCACCGGCGGUGAGGCAGCCCGUGUCACCGGCGGUGAGGCAGCCCGUGUCACCGGCGGUGAGGCAGCCCGUCUCUCCAGCACUGAGGCAACCUCUGUCUCCUGCAGUUGUGACCCCAGUGUCUCUGGUAGUGCGGAAGCCGGUAUCUCCUGUAGUGCGGAAACCGCUGUCACCUGUAGUGCGACCUCAUCAGCUACAAGUACAUUCUAACACCGCAGGUGUUCCACCCCAUGAACCUGUAUCUCGUACCCUGUGUACGUCACCUGCCCCAUCUGUACCAACUCCCUCCCCGACACCACCACUCAGAGACGAUGUCGGUACUGCUGUCAUCAGUAUGCCAUCUGUGAAAACUGCUAGUACGCAUUUGUCCUCGGUGAAGCGGGUACGCCAGUCUCGAAUCGAUGCGAGCUCUGUUCCCGCAGCCCAAACUGUAAAACCUCCCCCUCCUGCACCGUCGCCCACUCCCUCACCUUCACUGUCACCAGCUCGCUCAGUGUCGUCACUGCUGAACGCUGUCAGUGAUUCCACCAGAUCGGGUGAUAUCUGUGCUCAGAUUGCAGAAAUAAUGUCUAGGCUUCCUCCAAUUGAUGCCUCUGCAGUGUGUCGAGAGGAGACCUCACCGUCUGUCCAUUGCGAUUACCGAGCAGAAGAUCUUCUGGAUGGCGAGAUAGAUGGUGUGACUGGAAAUGUGUCUCACGAUGGCAAGUUUAGAGAAUGGCACGAGUGUGUAUCGCGGACGACUGCAGCUGGAGAGUUGCUUCAUAUACUACCGUAUACAAUUAUAGACUAAGAUGAUUUGGUUGAUUUGGCUGUUAUAUUGUUGCAUGUCACGGAUACUGAGUAGUGACGUGUACGGAAUAUGAAAUAUGCGCACCUGUGACUGAUAACCGUGACUGCGCCAUUGGCUGUGGUAUGCUAGUCGUCACGCAGACUGGCAAAUGGACCGUAAUUUUGUGAAACUGCAGCCGUGAAUUGUGUAAUUAUGGUGCUGUCUGGGGUCUGAAGGAUAGAAAUACAACAGCGAUAUCAGGGAUUUGUGCAUUUGCCUAGUUAUGGUACAGUAUGUGCCGUGUGCACAUGGCUUGUGAUAAUUGACAUAAAGGGCAUCCCCGUCCUGUAUUUGCAACCUCACAUUUUCCGUACGCUGGGAAGUCAAGUACCCUAUAUUUAAUUGGAUAUUGUUGCCAAAUGUAGGGUUACUGUUAAUAUUGUAUAGGCUACACUGCCCAAUGUUGAUUUGUUGUAAGCAUCAACUUAAUACAUAUUUACUAGUGAGUCCGAUUGUAACUCAGAGUUUUGUACAGUUGCCUGUGCCUUUUACUAGUUGCCUGUCAUUCACUGGAGGAAUGAUUUAGUACUUAGAUAUAUUUAUACUUCAUUUUUUAUUUAAUGAUAUGCUUCAGUUCUUCCAAGUGAAUUACUUGCAAGAAUCAAGUUUUUGGUAACAGUAUUUGAAACGUAUCAAGCCAGAAUUCAUAUAGCUACUUAAACUGCAUACAACGAGAUGAAGAAUGCUUACAUUUGUCGCCUUUCAUUAUUACCAUUAACACCAGCCAGUGAUGUUAAAGAUACUUAAUUAUGUAGUUUUUAACAUUUAUUGAGUCCUCCGUUGUGGAGAAAUAAAAAAACCUGUUCCAAUCAAUAAGCAACACCAACAAACCAAGUUUUUGUAAUUUGCAUGUCAAAAGGUGCCUGCCAUUCAAUUCUAAACUGAAAGAAAAGUGUUUUCCUUGCAUAAAAGCAUGUGGGCUGACAAGCUUGAGUAUUUGGAACUCUUUGUUCUGUUAUGUGGCAGUUUUCUGUUGAAAGACUGUUAGUAUGUCAUGCCACAUCAUUGGUGAUAAUGGUUCAUAAUAUAAAGUUCCUGAGAUACUUCCCAGAAUUUUGUAUCACAAGUUAUCAGUGUAUUCAUUGUCAUAUAAUGAAUUCUGCUACAUUGAUUUAAAAAGAUAACUUAAAUAUCAGCUGCCCAUAAUAGCUACAGCAUGUUUCUGUUACUUUUUUUUCCCUUCUUCUUCUUUCUCGUUAGGUUAAAUGUGACCAUUGUGUUAAAGUGCCAUCAUCCCCGACUCAUUUUAGCAAAUAAACUUUCAAUUGAUGCUGUAUACUUCCAUUUUGUGCAGAAAAGUCUAUGUUUUAAAUUAAUGUCAUAAACUGUUAAUUUGUGCUAAAUUUUGAUGUAUGAAAGAAAAAAAUCUCAGUUUUACAGUCUCAAUAUAUGGAACAGAAUUCUAGGAGGAGGGAUUCAGAAAACUUGUUCCAACUCUGUAAUGCAGACAGUCCAACAGUUACAAAAGAGUAUAAAUAUGUUGCUUACGUUUUGUUGUUGGAAUAUUUCUAGCAGGCCAAUAAUUUUAAGCCCAUUAUGUUGUUGCAUUCGUGAGUUAGCCAAAGCUUUAAUAUUCAACCAUGAUAAUCAAAAUGGGCAAUAUAAAGCAGCUCCUGCGGUUAACGUUGUGCUGAAAAUUAUGUACUUGUUGAGCUAGCAUUACUGUUCUCAUGAUACUGUGAUAAAGAUUAUUUGUAUUUAAACUGUAUAUAGUAAAUAGAAACUUAUCAGUUUAUGUUAUGGAAUUGAUUAAAUAUUUUUCUAAUGGCAAGAUAGCUGUUUUCCUUUACAGUAAAUCAGUUUAAAUUGUAGCUUAAUUUCUUUCAGUUCAACUGAGGUGUCACUGUAGACUCGGCAUUUUAGUUAUUACAUAAGAAAUAAUUUAAAAUUUCUCAGUGACUAGUAAUGUAAGACCUACAUAACACAGCAGAUGUGUGGCCUCCCUCCUCCCUACUUACCACCUCCCUCUACUUCACUUCCUCACUUCUCCCCAGCUAUAUCUGUUCACUUCAGCACUUCACCCCUCUACUCCACCCUUUCACUCCACGAUUUUAUCCCUUCUGUCACUCUAUUACUCCACCACUUCUCACUUUUUGCUCCUGCUUCACUCCACCACUUCUCAUCUUUCCCCUUGCACUCUAUCACUUGUAAUCCGUCCCCCUUCACUCCACCACUUCCCAUCUUCUGUCCCUUCUUCACUCCACCACUUAUCACCAUCUGCCCCCCUUCAUUCCACCACUUCUCACCAUCUGCCCACCUCCCCCCCCCCCCCCCUCACUCCACCACUUCUCACCUUUUGCCCCUGCUUCACUCCACCACUCUGCAUCACUGUUCCCCAUCUGCCCUCCUUAGAAUACGACUUCUCUCUCCACUUUUCUCAUGCCACUAUCUAAUUUUUACCCCAUUUUUCCCGUGUGCCCCCACGUAGUGUCCCCCCCCCCCCCUCUCUCUCUCUCUCUCUCUCUCUCUCUCUCUCUCUCUCUCUCUCUAUCCUGGGCAGCUUUCUUAAUUCAGUUUGGCAGGUCACUGCUUCAUGGAACAUAUGUUUGUAAAAUCACUUCUACAUCUUGUGAUAAAUAGUUCCAAGGUACUGAUACAAAAGACUGACAUUGUAUGUUUAUAUUACAGAAAAUUCUGAGAGACAUCUCACUUUUUAGAUUGUGCCUUAAAACUGGUUGUAAAUGAUGACAUCAGUUUUAGAAUAUUUGUAUUUAACUGUGAUAACGUCUGUCUUAUUGCUGUAUGCUUAACUUUAGAACUGCUGCCACAAUUCAGGCACUUCCUAUGUUAAAACAUUUUUCUUCAUAUGCCACACUGCUGUAUGUAGGUUAAAAUGCUAGAUUGUGAGUUGUAUACAGUUGUACUGUAAAAAAACAGUGUACAUUCUAUUUGCUAGCAGUUUCUUGUCUGCACUGUUUGAUUUUCAUAAUAAUGAAUGUAUUAAGCAUAUAUUCAGAAGCUGGGUUGAAUAUUGAUAUAGGGAAAGUAAAAACAAACAUUACCACUUAAGUACAAAGUCAGAAUGUAAUUCCUUAAAAUAGACUGCCAGAAUUUUUGCAACAGCAGAGGCAUUUGUUAGAUAUUCAUAGCAAGGUGAAAAUGCUCUGGAAUUCAAACUCCAGACACUGAGUGUUGCUAUACAGUUCAGCCAAUGUUUCCUCCUCCCUUACCUCCACUCUGUGUUGGUUAAAAUUUUAUUUUUAAUCAUAUCAGAAUAUUUUGUUCAUUCCAUAUUUGUAGGUAUUAGUAAUUUCUGCACCCAGAUGAUUUGUGUUCCUUCAGAUAUGUUAAUUUUUAAGAUCUAGAGAGUGAUUUUGGAAGUUUUUUCUAAAAGUGUUUUGCUAUUGUUAUUGAACAAUACAGGAUAUUUGUGGAUUGUUCAUCAAUAAAUGAAGUGAAGCUUGUCUGCUCUGGUACAUAUAAAUCACCCUAACAGCAGUAUUUAGAGGUUUAGUUUCUCAUUUGUAAUAUUAUACAUGGCAGUAUUAUUCAGAUUCUAAAUUUACAUUUCUUUCACAUUAAAUUUAGUUGUUUUGAGUUAAUCUGUAGUCUUUUUCAUUUUAAUUGACAAUUGUAAAAUAGUAUUUUAUUUCUGUUCUUCAGGGAUAAUUUGACUCAAAAAGAAUGAACUGAAGCAGUUAUGGUUUUACUCCAUGUGUGACUCAGUUGAUAAUUUGUUAAUUUUCUGUACACUUCCACUAGGAAAUAGGCCUGAUACUGAUCUGCUUUGCUCAGUACCUUCAUUUUCUUGUAGAUCAGGAUGUGAGCUGUACUUUGGCUAUUCUAAUUUAGGUUUUUUUUUUAAAAUUCCAACAUUUAGAAUUAAGAACAACCAAAUUGUCUUAUAAACAUUGCAAUUUUUCAGUAAGGUUUGUAUCUUAGGUCAUAUUUCUCCCAGCAUCAGAGUAAAUAUUUAAAAUUACAAUACCGUACUAAAAUUUGAAUGUAAGAAGAGGUGUAAGAUAGCUGUGACUUAACCAUUUCUCUGAGGUGUCAGUCCAGCAAAGCACAUCGGAAAUCUUAUGAGUAGGAGUUGAAGCCUGGAUAAAUCAGUUGCUAAGAGCAUUGCCCAAGAAAAGCGAGGGUCUGGAUUAAAGUCUCAAGUAUCAGGAAGUUCCACACAAUGUAAACUAUGUUGCUGAGAGGGGGAUUCGUUCAGCCAUUGAACUUGUUACCAGUCAGGUCAUUUUCACAUGGUAUAAAAAAGGUAAAUGAAAGUAGACUCCUUUCUCCUGGCAAAAUGGUAUGAAUGCAUAAUAAUCUGUGUCUGCAGGAUACACAGUCAAAUUAUUCAUUGAAAGAAUAAAUAGAUGGUUGUGGUGUUGCAUUUGAUUUACCACUUUGACCCUUGUGUGCUUCAUUUUGCAAUAAGUUGCCGGUAAUUUACUGCCAGAUUCAAGUAGUUGAUGGUACAAGUGUGAUGAUUUUUCUAGCAUUUUGCUUGUACAAUUGCUUACAGCCCUAUAUAUAUAUUCAAUAAUAUAUUUUGCUAACAUUAACUUCAAUCAGAUUUUCUUUUUGACCCGGUGGUGGCAGUGAAAGUCAUAAUUUGUGUUACAAUGAUUGUGUUUAUUACCAUGAGAAUGCUAAUGGCUCAUGCGGCUUUAGUAUUGUUCUUGCCAGUGAUCUUGAACUUAAAGUGGUCAGACUAUAUUCUUGGGUUAUUAUCAGAGAUGCACCAACACUUCUCAACAUAUAGUUAGUGUCCAUUCCCUCGUUUACAGGAUUUUCCAGUGCCUUUCAUUGACGUGCUGUCUUAUCUGUUUAUCCAUAGCUAUGUGGCACAGCAUUUGGAAGAUAGCGUUUCUGGUAUACUGUAUGUUCCAAAUGAAUAAUAUACACCAGUGAAGAGAAAAAGCAGUUUUGAAAAUUGUAACAAACUCAUUGCUACCCUCUCUGGGGUGAACAACUUUUAAUUUUGCAGUAUUUCUACUUAUAUCUAAGAGAUCUAGAGGAACAAAAUAGUUUUGAAAUUCAUAUUGUGAUACUUGUAGCAAAUGAUGAAAUUAUUAAUGAGCUGUUUAAGCAACAGAUGAGAAGAUGCUAUUGAAUAUCAAUUUAGAAAAUUGCAGACAGUGAUAAGCUGUAGAUUAUAAAGAAAGAAAAUAGUACUGUAGUGUAGUUCUGUGACUGAUUAUACAGUGUGAACAUUUCAGUUUUAGGUAGACUUUGAGGGGGUUGUGUUGAGUUUGAAUUAAUUAUAUUCAAGAUCGAACGAGAAAGUCUUGUUGUGUGAAAGCUAUUUUAUUAUUAAUUUUCUCACGGGAUGAGACUAUAGUUUGAAGUGUAGAGCAAUUAUUGGGUUACAUGAUAGUUGGUAUUAAUUAAUUAAAACUGAUUGUAGGGUCAUAUGGCAGUUGCUAGGAUUAAGUGAUUAAGUACUUAAAUAAUCUAAAGGUUCCUAUGCAAGAAAUGUUUGUAACAUAAGCAAUACGGUUAAACAGUUCUAAUGCUAGUGAC